AUGAUGUUCUCCGCGAUUCUUUCGCUCGCUGUCCUCUCAUGUACACAGGCCGUGUCAGUCAUCUCUCCGGACUCUGCAGCUCUGAAGCACGUUUCCACGCACAUCGGACAGAACAAAGAAGUCAGUGUAGAUUACUAUAUUCCCAGUUCCAUCCGACAAGAAGAGGCGCCCGUAUGGCGUCGCCAGGUCAAUGAGACCAAUGUUUGCGGGGCUAAUUGCACGACCCACUGCUUCACGCCGUCUGGAGGAGCACCAGUCCCAAGCCCAGCAGAGUGCAAUGUCAUCGCGGAUGCAUUGCGGUACGAGAGCGAGAAUACCGGGGCAUUGUUCAGGGUUGCCACAGCGACAAAUGUUACCAUGACCUAUAGGUCAUGCAAGACCUUCUUCAUCAAUCAGGAUUUCGGCGGUCUCGUUUACUGUCGAACCGACUGGGCUGCAUUGGUCGACUGGCUAGCGACGAGCUGCCAACCGGCUCAGAACGCACAUGGUGGUUUGUGCGUUGCGAAUGAUCAAAGGUGGUAUGUUCAAGUUCAACACGUUCGAGGCUGA